CAAUCGAUCCCCGCAUGCCCGGGUGGAGCGACGGGAGCGCAACUAUCGCCACUGCGCCAAUGUACCGCCAUCACUCUUCUCGGCGGCUCCACCGAGCUGUCACAAAGCGCCUCAAACUUCUGCGGAGUUUGUCUUAAAACAAAACACACACCGGCGGUGCCUUUGAAUUGGUAGUUUAAUAUCCGCACUUAUUUGUGUGACUUUAUCCUCAAUGUGAUGUUGAGAUGGGACUUUGCGAGUUGAUCCCGUUUGGAGCACGUUGCUGUUCCAAGAACUCCCGGUUGUCAGAGGCGGCUCCAACUCCCCGGUGCUCUGCGCGGGCUCUUCGAUUCUUCUUCCCCUCUGAUUCGGUGCGUUUGGGUUCUGCAGGUACCGGAGCGGAGACACCAAAGAAAGGAUUGUGAGGAAAAUACAUUGGAGUUUGAAGCAGAACGUCUCUCCUGGAUAAUUUCCACUUUCCUGCAGUCAUGGUAUCCGGCUUAUAAAUUUGGGAGCAGGAAGAGAAGCGAGACAAGGAAGAAGAGGCGAGCUAAGGUGGGAAUGGAUGCGGCCAUGGCCUGUUGUUCGUAGAAAGGCUACUCAGUGGAAUAGACCGAUUAAAAAGGCAACCAGGAUGAAACUGUGGCGGAGGUCAGCUUGGCCUUUGCAGGUGGCCUACCUUGUUGCCUUGGCGAUGCUCUGUGUUGACCCUGUGGCUGCUGGCAACCGCAACCAUCGGGGAUCGACAGUCUCCUACCAGGUGAAGCAGGGAACAUGUGAGGUCGUGGCUGUCCAUCGCUGCUGUAAUAAGAAUAAGAUUGAGGAGCGUUCCCAAACUGUCAAGUGUUCCUGUUUCCCCGGGCAAGUUGCUGGCACCACCAGAGUCAGACCCUCAUGUGUGGAAGCCUCCAUUGUAGCCCAGAAAUGGUGGUGCCAGAUGCAGCCAUGCAUGGAUGGAGAAGAAUGUAAGGUCUUACCUGACUUGACCGGCUGGUCCUGCAGCACUGGCAAUAAAGUCAAAACCACUAAGGUCACACGAUAACAAGAGAGCCACUGAAGCAAGAGGAAACGUGCAAUUCUCCAUGUGGAAAGAGUGGAUGACUCAUACGAAUUUACUAAAAAAUGGGGGAAAUAUGAUGUCACCAUAUCCAUCACAAAAGAAGACAGUAAAUGUAACUACUACAAUGCCAUCCAUACCUGUGGCCAUGAGGAGACUACAACAAUGGUUGCCCGGCGUGCACAAGAACAAGAAAUGACUCUUAUUUUCAACCAUUGGAGGUGUGGAUGAUGGAAAUCAAUUGUGAACACUGACUAAGCAUUUCAAAGUGUGUCUUUCAACAAAGCAUUUGUGGAGAUGCGAACACACCAAGCUGUGUGUAGUGCACCACUGGACAUAAUGCAGGCCUUUUGUCAACGUGUAGAGCUUAUAUACUGGAGCAAAGAGAUAGCAGCUCAUAACUAGCCAAUUAGAAUCAAAUUGCUCUUGUGGGUCAAGUCACCACCAUAAAGACUGUUUUGUGUGAGCCAAUUUGCAGUUCUAAUUAGGGAUUGCAGUGUAGGAACAUAAGAACAUAUUAAAAAUUCAUGUAUGAUAUUUGCAUUAGUUGAAACCUUUGGGUAAUGUUUUGUUUUCCCAGCAUCACCUGUAUCAUUCUGUGGAGGCCAUGCAGAAGUUUAAAAAUCUUGUGGAACAUCUGACAUUUGAAGUAGGCAACUAUAUGGGUGUACUGUAUACAUCCUGCCCCAUUACAUCUGAGAGGUUGUAAAUGACUCCUGUAUAAAUUGGUACAAUAUGAACUAGCAAAUUGGGAUUAACCUGUAUUUUUGGUAGUUAUAUUUGCUCUGUGACAUCUCCAUUGUCAUCUUUGAAAAGGAGAUCCAUAAAAGGUUUAAGCAUU